AUGGCCAAAGGUCCAGCAUUCUACGCCGUAAGAGUUGGACGUAGUCCUGGCAUAUACUCCACCUGGUACAUUCUCAUGACCCAGCUCGAACAAAUUAAAGGCUUUCCCGGAGCCAAAUACAAGAAACUUCCGACGGCGCAAUUGGCACAAGAGUUCAUCACUGGCACGUCAGGAGGAUCAACCAACAUCGUUCCUUCAUCAGCGCAGACCACCUCAACUGCCACAAAUGGAUCAAAAUCAGUACCAUCAACUUCGGAUACAUCUCAGGUUGCCAACAUUCCUGGUGAAAUUACCGUCUUCUCGGACGGUGCGUGUAAAGGCAACGGCAAGACCGGAGCCGUGGCAGGAGUCGGGGUGUGGUGGGGUCAUAACGAUCCCAGGAACUUGGCAGAACGCUGUCCAGGCAAACAGACCAACAAUCGCGCAGAGCUUAUCGCUAUUGUGCGGGUACUCGAACAAUCUCAGACUGAAACCAAUCCUCUUCGCAUCAAAACUGAUUCCAGAUACUCAAUAAACUGCGUGACACAAUGGUUACAGAAAUGGGUGGUCAACGACUUCAUGACUGCCAAAGGCACGCCAGUAGAGAAUGCGCCUCUCAUCAGAUACCUUGCAAGACUUCUUGAACGAUCGGAUCGGCUAGGACGAAAGAUUAACCUUGAGUAUGUUCAGGGACAUAUGGGUAUCGAGGGGAAUGAAGCAGCAGACCGUCAAGCAAACAUUGGUGCUACACUUCCGGAGGUUCCAGAACGCAACUGGGAGAAUCUGGAGAAAGUCUUGACAAAUAAAAUGAACACCGAGUUGAAGAACAUGAAGCGUCGAUCAGAACAACCCGCCACUCCAUCUCGUAAGGAGAAUCCUAUUCCGAAGCCCGUGCAACAGUCCUCACCGAUGAAGACAACAACAACAACGCCCGCCCCACGUUUGACUGAAGAAGUGAGUACUUCUUAG